AUGGGUAAAUGUUGGCACCAAACCUUUGUUAACGUGAAGCUGGUUGUGGCAAAGAAAAGGCCUCAGGGGACUUCUAAUCUCAGCUACGCCUUCUACGGUGGCUCACGAACAGAGCUUGCCAAUAUCAUAGUUAAUGAAUUUUCAAAAUGUUCAGAACCUGAAAAUGGAGUGGUGCUUGGAUCUGGUGUUUAUUUGUCUCCGGUGAACUAUUCGAUUGACAGUAUUCACAUUGUGACGAUCAAUUUAUGUAACAAUGUGUUAUCGGCUGUGCCUGACGAAAAUGGUCUGAGACAUGUGGGUGGUGAUAUUGGGCGAUUCGGAACUGGUUCAACCCGGUCCUCUGAGGAUCCCUUCAAGUACUAUAUCAUCACGAAUGAAGUCUCUCGUGUCCCUGCUAUCCACUGUGCUGCCAAAGUACCUCAAGUGCUGGAAGAAUAUGCAUUUGGAGAUGAAGUGGGGAGACUGGGAUGUGAGCAUGCAUUUCAUAUGGUCUGCGUACACCAAUGGCUGCAGCUGAAGAAUUGGUGCCCAAUCUGCAAGGCUUCAGCAACACCCUCACAAUCACCCUUGACAGUAUAG